UUUCUUCCCUUAAAUAAAUAUCACCAAUUCGUCGCUGUGGGGUAUUCUUCCAUUACGCACGCACAGAAGCUAAAAAAGUAUUCGCGGAAUAUUACAGCUAGUAUCAGUCUGUUUUGCUGCUACUUUUAAAUUCUUCUAGGAAUAAAUUAUGUGUUAUAUUUACUGGUAUUGCACCCCUUCCGGUUGUUGGUAGCGUGAGAAAUGCGGUUGAUAGCCCAUCUAUAUUUUGUUUUUGGAUACUUAUCUUUUUGCACCUCAGCGCAGUCAUCCAUUUCUGUCACACUUCCCAGUUCUUCCAAUGUCGGUCGUGAUAUCAGCUCUGAUAACAACACACAGGGAACAUACACAGCAGCACCAGCAGCCACUACCUCCUAUCCCGUUCGCAUCACACAGGCGCCGGAUCUCAGUAAUCGCAAUAUCCUCUUGUGCCUACUAAUUGAACGCUCCCGCGGAGAUAAGUCGGUGUUCUAUGAUUAUGAUCGGGUAGCAUCCGCCAUACAAUUGGCUGUUGAUCAUGUUAAUCAACAUGUCUUAUCCGGCGGAUACCAGUUGCAGACAUUCUAUAAAGAUAUUGGGAAAAACUGUGAUAAGAAAAACGAUAUUGUUAAAUAUGCCCUGCAAGUACUGUCCGUCGGGGUCAACUGCAAUGCGUACCUUGGUCCAGGUUGUGGAUACAGUGCUGACAGUCUGUACAACUUGGUGGAAUAUAUGCAGAUCCCGAUGAUGGGUUGUCCGGCUGCCGGCUUUGGAGCGGCAUCCGAUCGUGAGAAGUACAUAAUGGCCACGCGAAUGAGUUUCACGCAUAAAAACACCGUCAACGUGAUCUUCCGAUUCUUCACACAGCAUGCCUAUAAACAUGUCUUUGUCGUCCAAGAUGAUUCUGUCAGCUUUUUUGAACAGCUUACCGCGGUAUUUAACGGAGAGAUCCGUAAGCGCACCGAUCUCAUACAAACCGUUACCGAAUAUCCCUUUCGCAGCCGGGAUGCAACGAUUGAACAGUAUGAGCGUAUGCUGUCAACGGGUAAUCAGUCGUCCAGAGUGUUUGUUGUACUAUCGAAUGCCACCGUUCUCCGAACACUGAUGAUUACUGCUCAAAGAUUAGGCAUGACCAACGGACAAUACGUUUAUAUUGCUGUCGAAUUAUUUGACAGUCAAAGCUGGGGGAAGUUUACGUGGAGUUUUGGAGAUCAGGGCGACAGGGAAGCCAAACAAGCCUACGAAUCCGUGUUAUUAGUCGCGCUCCACCAAGUCAGGAACGAUUAUUACGACACGUUUUCCACGAAUGUUAAACGCCUUGCCAGGAAAUCUAUGAAUUACACUUUCGGGGCUUUCGAAGAGAUUGAUCCUGUAGUGACGAGUUUCUACGAUGCGACGGUGUUAUACAGUACAAUAAUGAAUAAAAUCAUUACAUCCGGUGGCAACAUUUACGACGGCGUCAAAACAUCGGGCAUGAUGCGUAACUUUACCUUCUCCAGUCCGGUUAGCGGAGACGUACGGAUUGAUGCCGUGGGCGAUCGGCAAUCGGAUUACGUCGUCAAAAGCAUGAAUCCCGAUACCGGAAGAUUUGAGGAUUUUUACACAUACACCGCCAUAGGCGACUCGAUGGUGGCCACAGGACCAUUAUAUUGGCCAACUAAAGUGCUGCCGCCUGAUGUUCCCCGAUGUGGCUUUCAAGGAGAGUUUGCAAUUUGUCAUCCGCAAGUGGGUCUCUCUGGACCGAUGAUAGCUGUGGCUGUCGCCAUACCGGUUGUUGCCUUCUUCGUAAUAAUUGGAUUGGUUGUUUAUUGCGUAAUCAGAUUUUUGCGCAACGAAGGCCUGGAUCCCAAUUGGUGGCGAGUGCCGCAGUCCGAAGUUGAUAUCACUGGACCAAAAAACGCCAGUCAAGGAAGCAGAAUUGGGCGAUCGCAAAAAUCAUUGCAAGAUGACGCUGUUUCCCAAACAACGCGAAAUACCGAAGCGACAUCGGGCUACAGUAUGGCUGGGAGAACAGCGACAUGGAAAGGAAAUGUCGUCAGUAUCACCGACAUUUCCGAAAAGCGCAUUCGCCCAAAUCCCAACUUCAUUAGGGAAUUAAACCAGGUGCGCCUCGUCAGCCAUCAGAACCUGCAGCGACUUUUAGGAGUGUCUAUGAGCGAAGAUGGAUUCUGUAUGUAUUUGCUGGGUGAACUGUGCCAAAAGGGCUCGCUAAUGGAUUUGCUGGAAAAGGACUCACUUAAACUGGAUUGGUCGUUUAAAAACUCAUUAAUAAAAGACAUAGUCAUGGGCAUGGCAUUUCUUCAUACCUCAUCCAUUGAGUCGCACGGAAACCUUACAGCGCAUACGUGCCUGGUGGAUAGCCGGUUUAUGCUAAAGAUAACCGACUUUGGUCUGACAACACUUCGGGAGUUGCGCGAAUUAUUGCCGCCCAUGGAAGAUCAAGAUGAUCGAAAUUUCGAUUAUUUACUAUGGCGCGCACCGGAACUCCUGCGCCAACAAAUGCCACCCAAAGGCUCACAGGUUGGGCUCUUUUCCUGUGAUGUCUACAGCUUUGGAAUAUUGUUACAGCAAAUAAUACUUCGAUCAGCUCCCUUCGAUGCGCCGGGUGAUGCAACAAAAGCCCAACAGACCACUGCCAAAGAAGUAGUACUGGAGGUAAAAAAAGGACUUCAACCGCCAUAUCGUCCACGUGUGCCCAGCUCCGCAUGCUCAAGUGAGCUCUUCAACUUAAUGGAGAGGUGUUGGGAUGAGUACCCCAUUGAGCGUCCCACCUUUGCUAAGAUAAAAGACGGACUGAAGAAGGUUAUCGGCAAUUCCGGUGAUAACAUAAUCGACCACCUCCUGAAGAGGAUGGAGCAAUAUGCCAAUGAUCUCGAACAGCAGGUUGCUGAAAAGACGCAACAGUUUAUGGAGGAGAAACGUCGCUCAGAAGAAUUACUGAGCCAACUUCUUCCCAAAUCAAUAGCUGAAUCGUUGACCAGAGGUCAGAAUGUGGACCCAGAAUCAUUCGAUAGUGUUACGAUAUACUUUAGUGAUAUUGUCGGCUUCACAACGAUUUCCGCGGCUGGAACACCGAUGGAUGUUGUCUCCAUGCUGAACAACCUGUAUACGAUGUUUGAUAGCAUCCUGGAAAAAUUUGAUGCAUAUAAAGUGGAGACAAUUGGAGAUGCUUACAUGGUUGCGAGCGGCCUUCCUGUGCGUAACGGUAAUCGCCAUGCCAGCGAGAUUGCUCUGGUAUCCUUGCAAAUACGAAAGGAUCUCGAUACCUUUAAAAUUCCUCAUCAGCCAAACGAUAAGUUACGAUUGCGCAUAGGACUGCACUCAGGUGCAUGCGUUGCCGGAAUUGUCGGUUUGAAAAUGCCAAGAUACUGCUUAUUUGGUGAUACUGUUCAAAUUGCGAUGAAAAUGGAGUCCAGCGGCGAACCCAUGAAAAUUCAAGUGACCCUUGCUGCUAAACAAUUGUUGGACGAUAUUGGAGGAUUCCAAAUGCAGGAAAGAGAUAGAACCGUAGAAUUUAAGGGAAACGAAAUUCGCACAUUCUGGUUGCUGUCGGCAAAGUAAAUUGGCAACUGACUGUGACAUCUGCCAUAUUCCUUGUUGAUUCUUCCACAGAAAUUAAGAUAACGGAACCACAGCUUUGGAUGCCUUUUCCUACAGUCUAUCCAUCGGAAUUACUCUUUUCGCUUCUUAGUAGCUCCAUAUUUCCACGCAUAACAACACUAAAAUGUUAUAGUUGACGAUCGACUCAUGUAAAUAUAUCUUCGCUGCGAUGCCGACCAUCACACCGUCCAUUUUUAUUUGUGUCUCCCUCUCAUAACAUGCUUGCCAUUAUGGUCAUUUCCGUAUUGCCAGUUUUUAUAUGC